AUGGCUCACCCAAUACACCAAGCUAACGAAAACAGCCCUUUCGGAGAUCUCUCCAGGGAAGAAUUCUACAAGAAGCACCAUGUCCUCCACCAAGAGAAAUUCAUGCUUAACAAGCAAAACAUGAAGAUCUUCACUCAGUCAUGGCGGCCUGCAAACACAGCAAUGGCUGAGCUUAGGGGACUAGUCGCCAUGGUCCAUGGCUACACCUCUGAGAGCAGUUGGGUCUUCGAACUAACUGCUGUAGCCAUUGCCAAGGCCAGGCUUUAUGUCUGUGCGCUUGAUCUCCAAGGCCAUGGCUAUUCCGAGGGCUUGAGCGGCCAUAUUCCAGACAUCCGACCACUCGUCGAUGAUUGCAUCCAGUACUUCGACACAGCUCGAGAUGACCACCCGAAGCUUCCAGCCUUCUUGUUUGGUGAGUCCUUGGGGGGUGCAGUAGCCAUGCUCGUUGCUCUGAAACAGAAAGGGGUCUGGAGUGGUCUGGUCUUGAAUGGCGCCAUGUGUGGAGUGUCUUCCAAGUUUAAACCGGCGUGGCCCCUUGAGAUGCUUCUUCCGGUGGCAGCUUUCUUUGCACCCACCUGGAGAAUAGCGAUCACAAAACCGAUUGCAAGCAGAUCGUAUAAGGAGGAGUGGAAGAGAAAAUUGGUCGCGAAGAAUCCGAAUCGGCGGAGCUACGGCAAGCCACCGGCAGCCACUGCUCUUGAGUUCCUCAGAGUGUGUGAGCAAAUAAGGAGGAAGUGCCACGAGUUGGAGCUUCCCUUGCUGGUGGUGCAUGGAGAAGACGACCUUGUGUGCGAUUCAGACUCCGCGAGGCUGGUUUAUGAGAAGGCAGAAAGCAAGGACAAGACACUGAAGAUCUUUCCCGGAAUGUGGCAUCAGUGGAUCGGUGAACCAAAGGAAGGCGUCGACCAAGUCUUUGGAACAAUCUUGUCAUGGCUCCAAGAUCGAACUGACAAAGAUUUAAUCGAUUCAAAUAAGCUUUACGUGAAAAUGUAG